CUUCAAAAUGAUACUGCUUGAUCAACCAUGAGGGCGAUCCCGGCAUUCGUGUUGUUUUGUCUCGGAGGUGCUGGGGCCGCUGUGCUGGCUCCGCAGAAUGCCGCGGAAGACCUCUACAAACUUCCUGCCAAGCUCAUGAUAGGCGCAGGUCUCUCAUCAUCCCAGUCUGAGGGUGCAUGGGACACGGAUGGCAAGAGUGAAAGCGUGUUGGACCACCUGGCUCACCUAAAGCCCAGUCCAUUCCCAGCAACGAUUGACGUUGCGGCUGACCAUUACCAUCGUUAUAAAGAAGACUUGGGACUCGCCAAGCAAAUGAAAUUUACAUCUCACCGGUUCUCUAUCUCCUGGUGCCGAAUCUUUCCCGAGGGGAACUUCUCAAAACCAAAUCCAGAGGGUGUUAAAUUUUACAACGCCUACAUAGACGAAGUCAAGAAGAACGGCAUGGAGCCUAUGGUACGUACUAAAAGCUUUAGAAGAGUGAUUCAGGAAGCGGAAGAGGGGAUUUACGACACCUAACCCUACAUUUUUAGUGGUUGUUAAUCUUCAGUACAAAUGGCACAUUUUCCGAAAAACGAUGUUCGCCUAGUUCUUGAGGUAUGACCGAAUACAAAAUGAGUUAAGUUGA